UGAUAUCUGGCCGUGAAACAAGUAGCUAUAGAAAUCGUCAUGGGAUUAUUUCACAAAAUGUUUUGGCUACUUGUAACUUUGAUCUACAAUUUAUGUAUGUGUUGAGUGGCUGGGAGGGAUCAGCACACGAUUCAAAAGUUUUGACCGAUGCAUUGACAAGGGAAAACGGUCUGAAAGUUCCCAAUGGAUAUUUUUAUUUGGCAGAUUGCGGAUAUCCAAAUAGACGUCAAUUCUUAGCACCUUUUCGAGGUACCCGCUAUCACCUACAAGAUUUUGCUGGUCAAGGUCGUGAUCCAAAUAAUUCGAAGGAACUUUUUAAUCUUCGUCAUGCUUCACUACGGAACGUGGUUGAAAGGAUAUUUGGGAUAUUCAAGUCAAGGUUCGUUAUUUUCAAAACAGCACCCCCGUUUCCUUUCCGCACUCAAGCCAAGCUAGUGCUUGCGUGUGUUGGAUUGCAUAACUUUCUACGAAAAGAAUGUCGCUCUGAUGAAUUUCCGGUUGAUCCUGAAGAUGAAAUUCGAUCUUUUGAAGCGGAAGAUGUUGAACAAUAUUUUGCAAGUCAAGAACAACAAAGGGCUAAUGCAAAUGCUUGGAGGGACACAAUAGCAUCUAAUAUGUGGAAUGAUGCUAUGAACUAGUAUAGGUCAUGUGAUUGUCCAAGUAGCA